AUGGCAGCUAUUUCAUCUUCCAGUCCCUUGCUCUGCAACUGCAAGACCCUUACCAUCCAAAGCCAUCUGGGAUGGAAGAGGAAUUCGCUCCCCACGCUUCAUUCUGUAGCGAUCUUUCCGUCGUCCGAUCCAGGAAGGCAGGUUGCAGGUUCCAGGAGGUUUUCCAUCGUCGCCUUUCAGAAUCGUGGGGUGAGACCCGUUCUGAGGAUUCAGGCGGCAGGAGAAGGAGUUGUAACGGCGUUGGCGGAGGAGGAGAAACCUAAGCAGUCCAGUGAGGUGGAGAAGCUGAAGAAGGCUUUGGUGGAAUCGUUUUACGGCACGGAUCGAGGGCUGAAAGCGUCCAGCGAGACGAGGGCCGAGAUCGUCGAGCUCAUUACCCAGCUUGACGCCUUGAAUCCGACUCCCGCUCCCACCGACGCGUUGACCCGUCUCAAUGGCAAAUGGAUUCUUGCGUACACCUCGUUCUCAGGGUUGUUCCCAUUGUUCUCAAGGGGAACACCACCAUGGGUGAAGGUGGAGGAGAUUUCCCAAACCAUUGACUCGGAGAACUUCACCGUCCAGAACUCGGUCAAGUUCAGUGGGCCCUUGGCCAGCACUUCCUUCAGCACCAAUGCCAAAUUUGAAAUCCGAAGUCCCAAACGCGUUCAGAUAAAGUUCGAAGAAGGGAUCAUUGGGACACCCCAGUUAAUAGACUCUAUUGAGAUACCAGAAAAUGUGGAAGUUCUAGGACAGAAGAUUGAACUCUCCCCUUUCAAAGGUCUGAUCAACUCACUUCAAAACGGUGCCUCCUCUGUUGCGAAGACAAUUUCCAGCCAAUCACCCUUGAAGAUACCCAUCACCAACACUAAUGCCCAGUCAUGGUUGCUCACAACAUACCUUGAUGAUGAACUGCGUAUCUCCAAGGGUGAUGGUGGGAGUGUGUUUGUGCUCAUCAAGGAAGGAAGCUGCCUAUUGUCCUUAUAAAUAAAAUUCAACUAUAAAUGAUUCUAAACAUCUGCCUUGUGAAUGU